AUGGCGACAAUGAUGGUGGGUGAUUUGCAGGUGCGACGGCGUGUUGUGGUGAGCGGGAGUGCUGUGGCGACGGUUGUGGCAAUUUCCGAUGGAUGUAACGCCAGAGAAGACGAACUGCUUUGGUGUGGGGAUGGUAUGCCGGUGGCAGACUCGUUUCUGCUGCCUUCACAUCCUGAAGAUAAAAGUUAUCGCACAGAUACUUUUCCAGACGAUGAGGAUUUGAGAAUUGCAGUUGGAAGUGGGACAGCUGUUGGGACACACUCAAUUGCAUUAGGGGAUGAUACUGAUGCAAGAACUUCUUAUACUGAAGAAAGAAGAGUUCGUGACAGUUUAAUAGACGACUUCAUGUAUGAUCUUGAUACUGAAGCAUUUAUAGUAACCGAUAAGCAAGGUUUUAUAAGUUCAGAGGUUUCCCCAUCAAUUCAAAAACGAAGUAGAACAGAAUUUGAAGCAAAAUCUAGUUCGUUUGAGCCCAAAAGCACUCAAUCAGACAUUAUAGACAAACUUGCCAGUACAAUUGGCAAGAUCACUCAAGCAAUUGAAUCAAUUGACACCAGAGAGCCUAAUUGUUGGAACAUUAUCAAGGAGAUCCCAAACUUGGAUGAUGAUGAUCGUUUCAAGGUCCUUGAUUUGCUUAAUACAAAAGCAAAAAAGUCUGAGUUCUUGAGCAUGAUGCCUGAAUAA